AGGGGAUAACUAUUAAUCUUUUAUCACCUAAAUUUACCACCAUCGCCUAAAUGCACUUUUCGUUGCCCAUCUUGACGUCCAUUGCCACCGGCUUAUUAGCCUUGACGUCCCCAGUCGCCGGUGCCGUUCAUUCCGCCAAAAUUUCCAAGAUUCCAACUGACACCACGUUGAGUGCUGCUUCCUACAAAGAAUAUGUAAACAGCUUACAACACAAGUACGUCAACACUUUCAACUCGGCUCAUGGCAACCCUGUUGCUGCACUGGCCCAGUUCCCCGGCUCCAAAGCCCAAAUUCCCUUCAUUGAAUCCAAAAUGACCGAGGAUGGUGAGAUUGCUAUCAAUGGACACGAUACUCCUUUAUCCAAUUAUGCCAAUGCCCAGUACUUUACCGAAAUUGAAGUGGGAACACCUGGUCAACCUUUCAAGGUCAUUUUGGAUACCGGUUCUUCCAACUUGUGGAUUCCCUCGCAAGACUGCUCGUCGUUGGCUUGCUACUUGCACUCAAAGUAUGACCAUGAUGCUUCUUCCACCUACAAGGCCAAUGGCAGUGAAUUUGCCAUUCAAUAUGGUUCUGGUGCAAUGGAAGGAUACGUGUCGACUGAUGCGUUGAGAAUUGGUGAUUUGUUGAUCAAAAAUCAGGAUUUUGCUGAAGCCACCAGUGAACCUGGUUUGGCAUUUGCCUUUGGUAAAUUCGACGGGAUUUUGGGAUUAGCCUACGAUACCAUUUCUGUCAACAAGAUUGUUCCGCCAGUCUACAACGCCAUUAACCAAGGUUUGUUGGAUGAAAAACUGUUUGCUUUCUACUUGGGUGACACCAACAAAGAUGAAGAAGAUGGUGGGGUUGCCACUUUCGGUGGUUACGAUGAAUCCAAGUUCACUGGUAAGAUUACCUGGUUGCCAGUUAGAAGAAAAGCGUACUGGGAAGUGUCUCUUGAAGGACUCGGUUUAGGUGAUGAGUUUGCUGAAUUGAAGAGCACCGGUGCUGCCAUCGAUACCGGUACUUCUUUGAUCACCUUACCAUCAUCCUUGGCUGAAAUCAUCAACGCCAAGAUCGGUGCCGUCAAGUCAUGGUCUGGACAAUAUACCGUGGAAUGUGAUGCCAGAGCCAACUUACCAGACUUAACCUUCAAUCUCAACGGUUACAACUUUACCUUGUCUGCAUAUGAGUAUACCUUAGAAAUCAGCGGAUCUUGUAUCUCUGCUAUCACGCCUAUGGACUUCCCCAAGCCAAUUGGUGACAUGGCCAUCAUUGGAGAUGCCUUUUUGAGAAAGUACUACUCGAUUUACGACUUGAAGAAAGAUGCCGUUGGUUUGGCCACCGCUGUCUAAACUCCCCUUUUCGACAUAUUUGUUACCCUGUUAGAAAACCCCAAAAGCCUUAAAUUUUUUUAGCAUUUAAUAGGA